AUGGCCAAAAGAAAGGAAGAAAAUUUUUUCUCUCCUGAAAAUGCCAAAAGACCAAGACAAGAAGAAUUGGACGAUUUUGAUAAAGAUGAAUGUGAUGAAGAUGAAUGUGCAGUUUCUUUCACUAAUGGUACCUCUACUUUGACAGCAGCAGAAGUUGGAAUAAUUGAGAGUAUUCAGCUCAAAAACUUCAUGUGUCAUUCGAUGCUUGGACCCUUUAAGUUUGGUUCUAAUGUCAACUUUGUUGUUGGCAAUAAUGGAAGUGGCAAGAGUGCGGUGCUCACAGCUCUCAUAGUUGGUCUUGGUGGAAAAGCUGUCACUACUAAUCGAGGAUCUUCUUUAAAAGGUUUUGUGAAGGAUGGACAGAACUCAGCAGAUAUCUCAAUAACAUUAAGGAACAGAGGGGAUGAUGCCUACAGAGGAAAUGUGUACGGCGACUCUAUAGUUGUACAACAGCACAUCAGCAUGGAUGGAAGUCGAUCUUACAAACUGAAGAGUGCAACAGGUGCCGUGGUUUCUACUAAGAAAGAAGAACUGAUUGGAAUUCUUGAUCAUUUUAACAUUCAGGUAGAUAAUCCGGUUUCUGUUUUAACACAAGAGAUGAGCAAGCAGUUCUUGCAAUCUAAAAAUGAGGGAGACAAGUACAAAUUCUUUAUGAAAGCAACCCAACUUGAACAAAUGAAGGAAGACUAUUCAUACAUUAUGGAAACAAAGGAAAGAACCAAAGAGCAGAUAAAUCAAGGAGAAGAGCGACUUAGUGAACUAAAGCGCCAGUGUUUGGAGAAAGAAGAACGUUUUCAAAAUAUUGCUGGCUUAAGUACAAUGAAGACCAACCUGGAAUACCUGAAACAUGAAAUGGCUUGGGCAGUGGUCAAUGAAAUUGAAAAGCAAUUGAAUGCUAUCAGAGAUAACAUCAAAAUUGGAGAAGAUCGUGCUGCUAGACUUGAGAGGAAAACAGAAGAGCAGCAGGUCAGACUUAAUGAAGCAGAAAAAAAAUACAAAGACAUUCAAGAUAAACUAGAAAAGAUUAGUCAAGAGACAAACGCACGAGCUCCAGAAUGUAUGGCACUGAAAGCAGAUCUUACUUCUAAGAAAAGGGCCUAUAAUGAAGCUGAGGUUUUGUAUAAUCGUUCCCUAAAUGAGUAUAAAGCAUUAAAGAAAGAUGAUGAGCAGCUUUGCAAAAGAAUUGAAGAACUGAGAAAAAGUGCCGAUCAGUCUUUGGAACCUGAACGGUUGGAAAGGCAAAAAAAAAUAUCUUGGUUAAAAGAGAGAGUAAAGGCCUUACAAGAUCAAGAAAGUUCAGUCAAUCAAGAGAUUGAACAAUUUCAGCAAGCCAUAGAAAAAGACAAAGAAGAACAUACCAGGAUUAAGAGAGAAGAGUUAGAUGUGAAGACUACACUGAACUUUAACCAGAGGCAACUGAAAGAAUUGAAAGAUAGUAAAACCAAUCGACUCAAAAGAUUUGGCCCUCACGUUCCAGCUCUUCUUGAAGCCAUAGAUGAUGCCUACAGACGGGGGCACUUUACCUAUAAACCUGUAGGCCCAUUAGGAGCUUGCAUUCAUCUUCGGGACCCUGAGCUUGCUUUGGCUAUUGAAUCUUGCUUAAAAGGACUUCUGCAAGCCUACUGUUGCCAUAACCAUGCCGAUGAAAGAGUGCUUCAGGCACUGAUGAAAAAGUUUUAUUCACCAGGGACCUCACGGCCACAGAUAAUAGUUUCUGAGUUUCGGAAUGAGAUGUAUGAUGUAAGACACAGAGCUGCAUAUCAUCCAGAGUUCCCAACAGUUCUGACAGCAUUAGAAAUAGAUAAUGCAGUUGUUGCAAAUAGCCUGAUUGACAUGAGAAGCAUAGAGACAGUGCUGCUAAUCAAAAAUAAUUCUGUAGCUCGUGCAGUGAUGCAAUCCCAAAAGCCACCCAAGAAUUGUAGAGAAGCUUUUACUGCUGAUGGUGAUCAAGUUUUUGCAGGGCGUUAUUAUUCGUCUGAAUAUACAAGACCUAAGUUUCUAAGCAGAGAUGUGGAUUCUGAAAUAAGUGACUUGGAGAAUGAAGUUGAAAAUAAGAAAGCCCAGAUAUUAAGUCUUCAGCAACAUCUCUCUACCCUUGAAAAGGAUAUUAAAGGCAAUGAAGAACUUCUCAGAAGGUACCAACUGCAUUAUAAAGAGUUAAAGAUGAAAAUAAGGAAAAGUAUUUCUGAAAUUCGGGAACUUGAGAAUAUAGAAGAACACCAGUCUGUAGAUAUUGCAACCUUGGAAGAUGAAGCUCAAGAAAAUAAAAUCAAGAUGAAAAUGGUUGAGAAAAAUAUGGAACAACAAAAAGAAAAUAUGGAACAUCUUAAAAGCCUGAAAAUAGAAGCAGAAAACAAAUAUGAUGCAAUUAAACAGAAAAUUAAUCAGCUCUCAGAGCUAGCAGAUCCACUUAAGGAUGAAUUAAACCUUGCAGAUUCUGAAGUGGAUAACCAAAAACGAGGGAAACGGCAUUAUGAAGACAAGCAGAAAGAACACUUGGAUACUUUAAAUAAAAAGAAACGAGAACUAGAUAUGAAAGAAAAAGAGCUAGAGGAGAAAAUGUCACAAGCAAGACAAAUCUGUCCAGAGCGGAUAGAAGUAAAAAAAUCUGCCUCAAUUCUAGACAAAGAAAUUAAUAGAUUAAGACAGAAGAUACAGGCAGAACAUGCUAGUUAUGGAGAUCGAGAGGAAAUAAUGAAGCAGUAUCAAGAGGCAAGAGAAAGCUAUCUUGAUUUGGAUAGCAAAGUAAAAACUUUAAAAAGGUUUAUUAAAUUACUGGAAGAAAUAAUGAUCCAUAGAUAUAAAACAUAUCAACAAUUUAGAAGGUGUUUGACUUUACGAUGUAAAUUGUACUUUGACAACUUAUUAUCUCAGCGGGCUUAUUGUGGAAAAAUGAAUUUUGACCAUAAGAAUGAAACUCUUACUAUAUCAGUUCAGCCUGGAGAGGGAAACAAAGCUGCUUUCAAUGACAUGCGGGCCUUAUCUGGCGGUGAACGUUCUUUUUCCACGGUUUGCUUCAUUCUUUCUCUGUGGUCCAUCGCUGAAUCUCCUUUCAGAUGCCUGGAUGAGUUUGAUGUCUACAUGGAUAUGGUUAACCGGAGGAUCGCGAUGGACAUGAUACUCAAGAUGGCAGAUUCCCAGCGCUUCAGACAGUUUAUCCUGCUCACCCCUCAGAGCAUGAGUUCACUUCCAUCAAGUAAACUGAUUAGAAUUCUUCGAAUGUCUGAUCCUGAAAGAGGACAAACUACAUUGCCUUUCCGACCUGUAUCUCAAGAAGAAGAAGAAGACCGGAGUUGA